UUUUAAACUAAAUUUCGAACAAUGUUCGGGCGACUCUUUGCGCGUGCCGAUUGCCUAUUGAAUCGCCGAAAUCGCUACCAAUUGCUGACCACACUGAUCAUUAAUUUAAUAUCUGUCUCGCAUGGCAUUGGCAUUGGCUGGCUGUCGCCCACACUGCGCAAGCUGCAGUCGAACUCGCCCAUUGGCUUCGAGGUGAACUCGGAGUUUGAAAUCUCGUGGGUGGGCUCCAUGCUGGGCAUGGGCUCGGUGACGGGCAACAUACUGAUUGGCACGCUGCUCGGUCGCCUCGGCAGCAAAAGAUGUCUGCUCUUUCUGGCCAUUCCGCAUUCCUGCCUGUGGUUUUUGGUCUACUUUGCCCAGAGUGUGGAGUACCUGUAUGUGGGCAGACUUCUGGCUGGCAUCACUGGCGGCGGCAUGUACAUUGUUCAUCCCAUUUUCCUCAGCGAAAUCUCAGAUGCCAACAUUCGCGGCACCUUCUCGGCCAUGGUCAUGCUGUCGGUGAAUGUGGGCGUGCUGGUUGGCUACAUUGUGGGCACUCAUCUGCCCUACUACGACAUACCCUGGAUGGUGUUGGCUCUGCCGCUCUGCUACUUCAUUUCCGUGCUGCUCUUCAUACGCGAGUCGCCCAUGCAUCUGAUACGCAUGGGCAAAUUCGCAGCAGCCGAGCGAUCCUUCAGAUACUACAAAAACAUCAAGCAGCGGGACAACAUAAACGAGCAGCAACGUGCCCUGGAGGAGUUCGAGCAAAUGAAGCUUGCCCUGACCAAAGGCGAUGAUCAGCAAGAUGCCGUCACACUCAAGGAUUUUUUGUCACGUCCUGCACUCAGAGCCUAUGGUCCGGCGCUGGUGCUGCUGAUUGCCAAUCAGUUUAGCGGCCUCUUCACCAUGGUCAACUAUAUGUCUGAUAUAUUCGCCAGAUCGGGCAGCACCAUGAAUCCCGAUACCUCCACCAUCAUUAUCGGCGCCGUGCAGAUCCUGGGCAGCUAUGUGACCACGCUGCUGUGCGAUAUCUGUGGCCGCAAGCUGCUCAUGCUCGUGUCCACAGCUGGCGUGGCCAUCAGCCUCAUAUCCUUUGGCUUUUUCACCCACUACGCCCAGUCGUACGAUCUGAGUGCGUGGAGCUGGCUGCCGCUGGCGCUCAUGUCGCUGGACAUCUUUCUGGGCAACAUUGGGCUGGUCGGCUGCUUCUUUGUCUGCCUCGUCGAAAUAUUUCCGCUUAAGAUACGUGCCAAAGCCGCUUCGAUGGCAAUUGUCCUUUGCAGCAGCUUUGUUUUCGUUAUGCUUAAUAUUUUCCCCAUUUGCAUGCGGCAAUGGGGCAUUUCGGCCACCAUGUGGUCGUGUGGUGGCGUCUCGGCCUUCAGCUUUAUUUUCUUUGCAUAUUUCCUCAAAGAAACCAAGGGCAAGUCUAUGCUAGAAGACUGAAUAAAAGUGGGGGCGCAGCUUAAAGCUAUUAAAUGUCACCUGAAUGUUGAGUAAAAUGCUGCAUUUAUUUAUUACUUUUAGUUACUUUAGUCACGCACUUUGACUUUUGCCAUUCACAGCUGAAAGCAUGCCAAGCACCCUUGAAAUUCGUUAUAUAAAGUAUGCUGGCGCAGCAUUUAUACCCAGGACUCACUGUGUCAAUGUCAAAAAAAAAAUAUGUUCCCUUUAGCUUUGCAUAUUUUUCGACGACCUUUCAUAGCAGCUGCUUCUAUAGAACCUUUCAGCUGCCAUAGAAAUGAAAAUUCGUGUAAUUUUUUUGUACAACAUUAUUUUUUUUUUAAUCUACUGCUUUUGCCCCUUGAUUAUCGCAUUCCUUUUAUGUCAUUAAAAGUGAAGUUGCUGACAAAAAAAAAAAACUAUAUAAAAACCAAAAUGCAAUGCAUCUGUGCUGCUGCGCUUCUGGCUACUCAACUAACUGAAAGUCCGCUGCACGUCCGUUGUGGCCAAAAUGGAAAUUUCUGUGCAGUCUGGGCAACAGCUUGAACGUUAAUUCUGAUGUUUCCGCUCAGUUUGCAGCAGGAACAAAAAAUAUAAUUGUGGCAUUUAAUCCUUGA